GUACCCUGGAGAAGGGGAGGCAGUACUAGAUAUGCUACAGGAAGUACUGUCAUUCAUGAACUACACAGGAGAGAAUGAUGAAUUUCUGGCAACUGCACAAGCCUUCUAUCAAAUAAUCAACAUUCUUCUGGAGAGGAAUUACUCAGUUAUAAACACAAAGAAAGUAAUUCUACUUCAAGAGCUAGUAAAAACUGAAGCACUGCUUUGGGGAUCACUUCUGACAACAAAUACCAACUAUGCUCAUGUGAAUCUCAGCUCAUUGGCCUUACACAUAGCACUUCUGGAAAAUGCCUUAUACAAAUUGCACUUGAACACAUCAAGUUGGUUUUCAUAUCAGCUUGAUGUCCACAUAGAAGGACCCAGUUCGGAUGCUUUUGGAAAUGGAACAUUCAGUAUAGCUGUAAUUGUUUAUAGGGAUCUGUCAGAAUUCCUGCCACUGAGAUAUGUUGCUAAAUUGAGGGAUGGUAAUGAGAUGGAAUUUGAGAUCAACUCUAGAAUGGUUACCGUGGAGGUGGGAAGAGAUGGCCAGAGAUACGUUCCGAGCCAGGGUGUCUUCCACGUGGACCUUGAGUUUGAACAUACAGUGAAGAAUUACAGCAUAGAUGAGUGGAAUAUUUCAUGUGGGGUGACCAAUGUUGCUGCUACUGAGCACUCGUGGGAUUUCAGUGCGUGCACCACACAAACAGUUGGUACCAACCUAACAAGAUGCAGAUGUAAUCAGCCUGGAACUUAUGCAGCACUUCUUACAGCAAGGCCCACAAAUUUGCCUCUCUCAGUGUCAGAACAGUAUCAUACAGUUGUGUUGGUUGGCUGUGUGUGUUGUCUGGUGCAGGCCAUGUUUACGUUGUUCCUACUGCUGCCCUAUUGGUGGCACCACAAAACAUGCCUGAUAUUCCUUAAACUCCAGUGCUGUACUGCUACUUCUGGUGCCAUGGGCGUCUUCAUCUAUGCCGUCCGUGAUUCAGUACCAAAGGCCUCUUUCCCAUAUGUGACAACAAGUCUGGAAGCUUUCCUUCUAAUUGGGAUGUCUUCUCAUCUGAGCAAGCUGCUGAUUGUCUACACUGAGGUGAUUCAGAUUCCCAAAGUACAACACAUGAAGCAAACAGUUGUCAGUAUCAUAACAGGCGUACCUGUUUUGGCUGUUCUCUGCAACCAUCUGGCACAUCAUUCAACUGGCUGGCAACUCCAAUCAUGGUGGUUGUUAUGUGGCACCAUGCUGUUCAACAUCUUCAUAGCAUCUGCUGUUGUUAUGUUGAUUCUGUUUGUGUUCCUGUACUUCACUGUCAUGAGACGGCUCAACAUUCUUUCCAGCAAGAAUUCUGCCGGAAGUAAAGCUAUAGGGCGGAGGAUAGGACUUCUGAGACGUGCUGCUAUAAUAUUUUUUGUAAUGAUAGCGAUGGAAGCUUCAAGCAUAUUCUACAUCAAUGUUCCAGACCCAUCAUGCCACUAUGUUUUUAGUUUCACAAGUGCCUUAUUGGUGAGUACACUUCACAUGUUAUUCAACUCAGAUUUUAUAUCAUUUGCAUGUUCUUUGUAGGGUUUAUACAAAAAC